AUGGCUGAAAACGGUGAUAUCAACGCUGUCCUCAGCAACUCGCUGUCUCCGGACGCGGCUACGCGCAAUGGCGCCGAGCAACAACUAUCCCAAGCCGCCCAGAACAAUUUCUCCCUUUACUUGGCCACCCUGGUCCAGGCCUUGGCCGACGAGAACUCCGAAGGCAAUAUCCGAGUCGCAGCCGGUCUCGCCCUGAAGAACGCUUUCAGUGCCCGCGAGUAUGCACGACAGCACGAACUACAAGCCAAAUGGUUGCAGCAGACAGAUCAGGAGACCAAGACCCGCGUCAAGGAGCUCGUGCUCCAGACCCUGUCGUCCAACAACGCACAAGCUGGCAACGCCGCCGCCCAGGUCAUUGCCGCCAUCGCUAUCAUCGAGCUUCCCAGAGACCAGUGGACCGACCUGCUCGGGGUCUUGGUGCAAAACGUUAGCAGCGGAGCGCCUCACCAAAAGCAGGCUUCCCUGACGUGUAUCGGUUACAUUUGCGAAAGCCAGGAUGCCGAACUGCGAACUGCCCUGAUCACCCACUCCAACGCCAUUCUGACUGCUGUCGUGCAAGGCGCUCGCAAGGAGGAGACCAACGGCGAAGUCCGUCUCUCUGCGAUCUCCGCGCUCGGCGACUCUCUGGAGUUUGUGGGCAACAACUUCAAGCAUGAAGGCGAGAGAAACUACAUUAUGCAGGUCGUUUGCGAGGCUACACAGGCUGAGGACUCGCGGAUACAGCAAGGUGCCUUUGGCUGUCUCAACCGCAUCAUGGCUCUCUACUACGAGAAUAUGCGCUUCUAUAUGGAGAAGGCCCUCUUCGGUCUCACGAUUCUAGGCAUGAAGAAUGAGGAUGAGGAUGUCGCGAAACUCGCUGUGGAAUUCUGGAGCACUGUAUGCGAGGAGGAGAUCAACAUCGAGGAGGACAACGCUCAGGUCGACAGUUCCGAUCAGAUGCGGCCCUUUUACAACUUUGCGCGUGUUGCGACGGGUGAGGUGGUGCCCACUCUCUUAACGCUUCUCACCAAGCAAGAUGAGGAUGCCACAGACGACGAGUAUAACACUGCUCGCGCCGCAUACCAAUGUCUCCAGCUCUACUCACAGGCUGUGGGACCCAACAUCAUUCCACCCGUUAUCCAGUUCGUCGAGGCACACCUUCGAUCUGAGGAUUGGCAUUAUAGGGAGGCUGCGGUGGCUGCGUUCGGUGCUAUCAUGGAGGGACCCGACGAGAAGGUCUUGGAGCCCAUCGUGAAGCAGGCCCUGCCUAUCCUGAUCAGCAUGAUGGAAGACAGCCAUACGAUGGUCAAGGACUCGACAGCCUACGCUCUGGGCCGGAUCACCGAGGCCUGCUCGGAGGCCAUUGAUCCAAACACCCACCUGGAUCCCUUGAUUCGAUCGCUAUUUGCUGGUGUACAUGAUGUCAAGAUGGCCGCCUCUUGCUGCUGGGCACUUAUGAACCUGGCAGAGCGCUUCUCUGGUGAUUUCGAGGCUGCGCAGAACCCCUUCACGCCUCAUUUCAACCAAAGCGUCCAGACUUUGCUCACUGUCACUGCACAGGCAGGCUCGGAAACUACUGUCCGUACUACCUCUUAUGAGGUGCUUAGUGCGCUCGUCCUGCAUGCUGCAACGGACAGCUUCCCUUCAGUUGCGCAGCUUUCAGACGUGAUCAUUAAGCGCCUCGAGGAGACUAUUCCUCUCCAAAGCCAGGUUGUCAGCAUCGAAGACAAGAUUGCCCUGGAAGAGAUGCAGACUAGUCUAAGCACUGUUCUUCAGGCCAUCAUCCAACGACUGGAGAAGGAGAUCUCACCCCAAGGUGACAAGAUCAUGCAAGUUGCUCUCCAAGUUUUGAACACCGUGGGCGGAAAGUCUAGUGUCCCUGAAGCAAUUUUCGCCACCAUCAGUGGACUGGCGAACGCUAUGGAAGAGGACUUUGCCAAGUACAUGGACGCUUUCACACCUUUCCUGUACAAUGCUCUAGGCAACCAAGAAGAGCCAGGUCUCUGCUCCAUGGCCAUUGGCCUGGUCAGCGAUAUUACCCGGUCCAUGGGAGAGCGCAGCCAACCUUACUGUGAUCACUUCAUGAACUACCUUCUGAACAACCUCAGAAGCACCGCCCUUUCGAACCAGUUCAAGCCCGCAAUCCUCCAGUGCUUCGGAGACAUUGCCAGCGCCAUCGGUGGUCAUUUCGAGACAUACUUGACCGUAGUUGCACAGGUGUUACAACAAGCCGCGACUGUUACAGCUUCACCUGACGGUUCGUACGAGCUGUACGACUACGUUAUUUCUCUGCGUGAGGGUAUCAUGGACGCCUGGGGUGGUAUCAUCGGUGCUAUGAAGAUCAGUGGCAAGACCCAAGCGCUGCAACCUUUCGUGCAGACUAUCUUCCAGCUGCUCAAUAUCAUCUCCCAGGACAUGAACAGGAGCGAGUCGCUAAUGCGUUCUUCGAUGGGUGUAAUUGGUGACCUGGCUGAUGCCUACCCCAACGGCGAGCUGGCAGAUGCUUUCCGACAAGACUGGGUAACGGCCAUGAUCAAGGAAACCAAGACAAACCGUGAAUUCCAGUCGCGUACCAUUGACACGGCUCGAUGGGCCCGUGAACAGGUUAAGCGCCAACUGGGCGGCACGUCGUCUGUUAUGCAGCACACCUGA